AUGGAUUCUAAGAUACCUUCAAGCCAUCAGGGUUUUAGUAACCAUACGAAUACCUCAAACCCAAAACUAUUAGAAGAAAUUCCGUUGUUUGGCUCGGAAACAACACCCCAGCAGCGAGAAGUUACAGAAACCCUAGCAGAAAUAUACUCUGUCAUUAUAGCACUUGACCAGGUAGAGAAGUCAUACUUGAAGGAUGGUAUCAGUAAUACUGAAUAUACAAAUGCAGUCAGUAAACUCCUUGCACAGUAUAAGACUUAUUUGACUAAUAAUAAAGACGUCGAAGAGGAAUUUGUAAGUCUUGAUAAAUUUAAGGAAAAGUGGAAUAUUAGUGCUUCAAAUGCAAUAACAAGGAUUGAAAGGGGUAUACCAGUUACUGUUGAGCAUGCUAUUCGAGAUAUUUCCAGUGAAGACAUUAAUGCUACUAAUUCGGGUGCUUCAAAGUUCAGUGCGAAAGCAGUUGCGGAGGUAACUGGCAAUUUUAUUACUGCCAUGGAUGCUCUAAAAUUGAACUACAAAGCAAAAGACCAACUUCAUCCCUUAAUGUCGGAACUUCUGCUGAGUAUAAAUAGGGUCACUUCUCAGGAUUUCGAAAACAGGGCAAAACUCGUGAAUUGGAUAGUUUCCAUAAAUAAAAUGAAAGUUGACGAGCUGCUGAGCGAAGAGGAAUCGAGGGAAUUGCUCUUUGAUUUAGAAAGUGCAUAUAAAUCAUUCUAUUUAUUGUUGGGAUGA